UUCCAUUUUACAUUCAUGUUUUGUUUUGUCUUUCUUCUUUUUAAGGAUUCCGAAGAAUCACAGAACCACACUGCUGAGCCUAUGGCAGAUGAUUACAAAAAGAUGGGAACACUUUUUGGUGAACUGAACAAAAGCCUCCUCAGCAUGGGCUUCACAAGAAUGUAUUUCGGAGAGCGGAUUGUGGAGCCAGUAGUGGUCAUUUUCUUUUGGCUGAUGCUGUGGUUCCUUGGCCUACAAGCCCUUGGACUGGUUGCUGUCCUUUGCCUUGUCAUUAUUUAUGUGCAGCAGUAAAACAUGGUCAACUGAAUUGCUGGACAUUUGGUAGCCAUGUAUGUAAUAGAUGAAGUUACACAUUUUGGCUUUUUGAAAGCCAAAAAAGUUUAACUUGUUUCUGAUUGUGUGCUGGCUGUGUUGUAAUUAAAUUUCUAAGUGAUUGUUGUUUAAAACUAAGCUAACCUCUUGGUUAUGACAAACUUGGACAUAUAUUUUGAAUAUACAUUGGCCUAGUCCAAAUUCUUAUUUCACUCCUGUGAUCUGUACCCGCUUUUAGACAUCUGUGUCACUCACUCUGCUGCAUAUUAAUUAACACUACCAGACAGUGAGCAGGGAAAAUAGUACAUGAAGUUCAAGUCAAGCAAUAUAUUUUUAUAAAGAGUUCCAAUAAAACAUUUUAGAAGAAAAAGGAAAUGAGCUCCAGAGUUUUAAUUGGAAAGCUUCACCACCCUAAACUUCAUCAAACAAUGCUGUUGUUUGAGAUAUAUUUGUAUUUGUAUUGUCCCUGCUCAGCCCAAACAAGAUUAAGUGAUGGUUAUCAUACAUUACCUUAAUUAGUGGUGAAAAUCAACAAAGCUAGCACAUUUUCUGAAGAUUAAAAAGAAUAUGUUUAUUAUUGCUAGGGAAAGUUCUCAGGUUAAAUUUUUCUUAAUAACAUAAUAUCUGGUCCUAGAGUUUCUUCAGCAUAUCAUUUGAUGUUUUAGACAGUUUUGGUGCUAAUUACUUUUUGUGAGUUUUUUAAGUCUCAUAAGCCAAGUCUAUAGUUGGCUGCACCCCAUGGUAAUACAUAGUUUGUUGUAUCCAACAAGUUGCACACUUUUCCUUGAGAGACAUUUUCCGUGUAUUUUUUUUCAAAAAUUUAUAUUUUAUAGUUUUUUUACAGUUGUUCUGAGGUUUAAAACAAUAUAUUUACUAUCUUAACAUGAAUUUUUCUCUCCUCUCAAACAAUUGAUCUAUAAUUUACAGUUAUUCUAAGAAAAAACUUUAGAUCAUUUUUCUGUGAUAUCUGUAUUGGAAAGUACAAGUAGUAUAACAUAAAAUCAGAUCCUUAAAUUUGAAAUUUAACAGCCAGUGAUAAUAUUCCUCCAAAGCUAAAGCUGAAUAACUAAGUACUUGGCUAGCCAUGUUAUAAAUGUGUAUUAAUUUAGCAGUACAAGAUUUUGUAUUGAAAUAAGCAUUUCUUUACAUUUUGAAAAUGGAAUAUGGCUUUAGUGAUAUUUUUGGUUUUCCUACAGAACUGAAAAUCUUUACGCUUUCAAGAACGAAAAAGUGGUAGUUAAGAUCGUUAUCUAGAAAUCUAAGGAAAAUAGUGGGCAUUUUUAUUUUUGGUGUGGCAAUAACUAAAGCUUGUGAAAGUGUUUACUAUUCCACUUCGUAAGAUUUCUAUCUAAUCUUGUGCAUUCUUAGUGUCUUCCAUUCUGAAGAAGAAAAUGAUAGAAAAUGCUUAGAUUUCUAAAAUCAGAUAACCCUAAACAAAAAUACCAGUCAGGGACAGUAAAAAGCAUUUUACAUUUGUAUAAAUACAGACCUUUUAAAUUUUGACUUCUAAAAAACAAAAGACUUUGUACUAUAUCAUUGUGUUUUUAUUAGGUUUACAAUAUUUUUAUAACAACCUUUAUGAGCUUAGUGUAAGUGCAAGUUUGGAAAAAUGUUUUCAUUUGUACAGUAGAAUUGCAAGGUUUUCAAUAGAAGUUGUGAGAUAUUCGGAUAUCUGCAUAAAAUAUGAAUAAGUACAUUCUUUUCUAAUGCUAUCUGGAAUUUUAAUUUCCCUUAGGAAUGAAAAAAAAAAAAGAUGUCGUACACAUAAUUGCUCUGGUUCCACCAGUGCUGAUGGUUGAAAAUAUUUGACAAGUGAGUUCUAAUGUUGUCAUCUAAAAUGCUGUCAGUACUAUGCAUCUGCACACUGGUGUUAAUAGGGUAUUAUUAAAUUAUAUAAAGAAAUAAGGAAUGUGUUGCUGCUGUCCUUUCUACAUAUGUUAUUGGUUCAUACAAUAUGGCAUCAAAUCUUUUAGUCUGAUUUAGGGGAAAAUUAUGUUUAUUUCAGGAAAAUAAAAUAUUUUCUUUAAGGAAGUUUAUUAGACUGUAGAUUGUACUUAUGUCUUGAAAUGAAACUGUUAGUUCCUUUGGUUCAUGGUAUAAGAAACCGACUGAAAAUCAUUCUGUUAUUUCAAUCUCAAAUAUAAGCCAAUUAGAGAACCUGUUAAGCUGCUUAUGCACAAAGAAAUAGAAGAUAGAAUGCUAAGGUUAUUAGAUUAUUAAUGUAUACAUCACCUAUCAUGUGCCCUCAGUUCAAAGAGAAAAGGUCAGAUCUACAAAUAAACUAUGCAUGAGAAAGUCAACUUUAAUGAAGGUAAAACCUCAGCAUUUUGCAGUGCUCUCGGGUUUUGGCUGCUCUGUACAAGGUAUUUCCCAUGCUGGUGACCAGUCGGACCAUGCUGAGUCCCCGUGGGCACACAGCCAGCUUGUACUAGCUUGCAAGGGCCAACUGUGUACAUUUUUCCAUCCUUCAGUGACAUCAAGUUAGUAGCUUAAAUUGGCGAUGGUGGGAGUAUUUACAACCAACAAACUGGCAAACCCUGCAAGCCAAGGCUGUUUUUGCCUGCAGAGCUAGUUGCUAGAGACACACCACUGCUUAGCCUUCGGGGAGCCUCAGUCCCAUCUUUACUCCUGUGGAUAGGAAAGAAAAGAAAACAAGAAGCAUGUAGGUGAAUCCCUACUGACCCACCCAAAAUGACCUCGAUCUUUCCCAUAUGGAGGUUAAUGGACCAUGCUUGCCUUGAGAAGCAUCACUGUUUAACCACGUUUGGUCAGAGAAGACUCUGGGGUCAUCACUGAACCACAGUGCAUAAAAGAGCAUCCAGGGACCAAGAAAAGAGACACUGACAUGAAAGAAGGGGACUGCAGAGAACAGCGCAAGUGAAGGCCUGCCGUAAAAUAAGCUUCAAUAGGCAAAGCCGGGCAUCAGGCGAUAGAGGGCUGUUUGUAGAUUAAAUUUUAAGUUAUUUUA